GCUAUGACAUCACAAAGGUUACCUCUUUGUUCCCUGGCAAUGGCUGAACUUUGGCAGGAGGAAGGAAGGACAGCAUCAGGAGGUUCAGAAAGCUAAAAGUCAUGAACUUUGGAGGUAGAAGAUCAGAUGUGGAAAUGUGCUUGAAGAUCUGAGUGCUUACACACUGGAUAGCAGAACUGGUUAGACCACAAUUUGAUCCAAAAACUUGUUUGAUCAUGACAGCUUGAGUACAGAGGCAAAGGAGGAAUUGUUGCUUUUGAAUGUGAAGAAGCAAUCUUAGCUUUUCACUUGAAAGACUAUUCUGUUAGAAAUGACAUGUAAUCUAGCCGUAGCUUUCUUCAUCUAGGCUUGGUUCAUCACCAAAAAAGAAAACAAACAAACAAACGCCCUCAAUGGAAGAUGACAGUGACCCUGAGCAGAGCUGCUGGGCUGGUUUGCCAGAUGUCUGUCUGAGGCAUGUCUUCCACUGGCUAGAUGACAGGGACAGAUCUCGGGCUGCCAUGGUCUGUAAAAAAUGGAGUCGAGCCAUGUACUCGGGAUCACUCUGGAGAACCAGAACCAUCACAUUCAAUGGUCGACCAUCAAGGGCACACACAUUUGAAUUUGAAACUGCUCUGUGGUAUGUCAAGAAAUUUGGCAAGUACUUGGAACAUCUUGAAAUCAAGUUAUUGAAUCCUUACAAUGCUGUCUUGACCAGAAAAUUUCAAGUCACUAUGAGAGGUCUUCUCUCACAUUUGGGUAAAUGCAACAGCCGCCUCGUAUCCCUGAGCAUCCAGCACCUGGAGUUAGACCGUGUUGUCUGGAAAAGCAUGGUAAGGGCUCAGUUUAUAAAGAACUUAGGAACCUUCCUGAAAAGAAUGGGCAAACAUCUUGAUUAUCUCAACUUAAAAGGAGCAAGAGUGACAUUGGAGGAAGGCUGUCAGCUUCUAAAUUCUCUGAGCUACUUGAGAAACAAAAGCUUUAUAUCAGAAGUCAAUAUUGAAGAUUUCUUUAGUCUCCACCUUCCCAUCUACAGCAGUACAUUGUUCCACCAAGUUGUGUCUAAGUUCCAAAGCCUAGUCAUCCUGACUUUCAAUUACAACUGCAUCUCUGAUGAACUGCUGGACAUCUUGUGUAAGCACAGUGCUCAUUCUCUCUGUACCCUGAAUAUCAAAUGCCACAUCCAUGACCCUCAUGGGCAAGUGGUCUGGGGGAUGUCAUGGGCAAACCUGGCCAAGAGAGCUCCCCAACUGAAAGUGAACUUCUUCUUUGAAAGAGUCAUGAAGCAUGAUCACCUAGCCAGGAUCCUGCUAGUAGAGAUCCCAGUCAGGAGCAUCAGUUUACGGAGCUGCUAUUUCAGUGAUCCAGACUGGACAAUGAGACCUACCCUCGUCAACCUCCUCCCAGCCUACAGACAUGUUCUGCAGAAAUUAACUCUUGAAGUAAACAAUGACCAUGAAUUGCUGGAUGAUGAGCUGCUACAGCUUAUCUUAUCAUGCAAGAGGUUGUUUUUUUUGAAAGUCUGGGCAUUUCUUAGUGUCACCUUUAUGGAGAAGCUUCUACAAAACCGUUCAGAAAAGAAAUGCAUUUUGACUACCAUAAAGGUCAGGAUUUACACAGCUCGACAAGAGACCAGGGAGGAGGAUCGGCUGUUGCGUGAUAUUUACAAGAAGUUCAAAUACCUGAUUGAUUCAGAGCUUAAUUAUUUUGUCAUCACCUACCCAAUGGUGUAAGCCACAGAGAGAAAGAAAAACAUCCAGUCACACCUGCAAAUGAUGAACCGAUCCUUCGGAGCAUAUUAGUAAGGCAUUUGAAUCUUUUCAGCAAUGAUGCUGAGAGAUACCAUUAGAACAAGAGGAAUGCAAGGGACAAUUUUACAAUCCUACAAAUUAAAAUGUUGGAUUUGGGAACUGGCCUUCCACGUCUCCACCAUUAUUUAUUCUUGCAUUUGCUUUUUUUUUCCCAGCACUAAGACAUUUUUCACUAUUACAUUUGAUAUAUACUGUUUUGCCAGUUCUUAAAACCUGCCAUGUCUAGUCCUAAGGGUCUACCCUCUGCAGUCUUCUAAUAACCGGCUUAUGAGGGAACUCCUACUCUAGCUUCCACAAAUUCUGGACUCCAUGGCAAAAGAUACCAGGGGUUGCACUCAACGAGCAGGAGGAAGGGAUGUUCCUUCUUACUCUGUAACUUUAUUGCUAAAUGAGAGAUUUCAUCAAAUGCUGGGGAGUAUAGAUAUCUGUAAAACAGAGAACUGGGCAUGCUAAGUGUCCUUUAAUUCCCUCACAAAACUAGAACCUGUAGUGCAUUUUUGACUCCAACUUGGUACUCCCUGCCUCUGAGCAGAAGCUAAUGUCUUAGAACACAUGGAGCCUCAUAGUGUGACAGUU